GGCGCAUGAACGCAGAGGUCCGGCGCCUGGAGUUGAAAGUAACGUUCAAGGAAAUUAUACCCGCAAAGAGAAUAAGCCUUUGCUACAUGGUAUUCAGUCUGCUUUAUACAUUUUAAAUAAUCGGAAGUUACAUGUAUUGUUUUGUCAGCCGGCUUAGUAAAUACAGGCUUGCCUGCUAGCUCAGUGUUGUUAGCAAACUUGGCUGAGCGUAACUAGACAGCUAGCUCGCUAAAAUAGAGGAUUUGCGUUUACUAAUGACUUAAAGCUCUUGAACCGGUGUCUGUGUUGUUGCUGGGCUAGCGGGAAAGUAAGAACUUUUUUACGUAAGGCGGAAAAAAAACGUGGUCCGCUGAUCUUGUUUUUCUUUCUUUAUGACAUGGAGGAAUAAAGCAGAAUAGGCCCGGGGAUGAAAACAAUGAGCCGAUCGGAAAGGCGGAGAGUAGAGAGCAGAUUUUGCCGCUUUAGGAAGUAAAUCGGAACCGCUGGUUCCUGGAUGUAUGAAGCCGGGCCCAAAUGGGUUCUUCGUGCAUGUUUUGGAUGUAAGUGACGGGAAAUUUUCUGUGGCAGGUUGAUGCAGGCCCUGACCUGGAGCCUAUAGACUCGGAUCGUUUGACAAGUUCCCCCGAUUCAGUAGUUAACUAAGUUUUAAUGCAAGUCCUGUCGCCGGAUCGUGGCGUGGAGUUAAUGACAAAUUUUUUUUGCCUUUGAAAAAAAAAUAUACAAGCAAAAGCAUUAAAAAAUAUUAAAAGUCAUGCAAUGCAACAUGAAUGUAUUUAUUUGUAGUAUGGAUAUCGGAGACUGAUAUAAGUCAAUAGCGUGACAAAAAUGUAAAUCUCAGGGGCUCCUGAAAUUGGAUGCUGCCACAGAUGAUUUUAUCGGCACCUGUAAUCUGAGGGAGGAUGCGGUCCUUAUGCUCUCCUAAUCUGAAAGACCGUAUAAUAAGAACAGCAAAUACUUGAUUCGGGGUAUUGGCCAAAUCUGCAGGGGGCAAAAUGAAGGUGCAGUCUGAUACAAAUAUUAAUCUGUCCAAGGUAUCAUUAAGUGAAGUUAUGGAGCAUAAAGAAAUGACUAGCAAAGCGGACAGACAAAGACAUUUAAUUUUGCACAGUCCCGACCAUGUGUCUUUUGAAGAAAUCGACGAAGGGUCGCAACCAGACUCCGCGAUACCACCGAGAUCGGCGUUUGUGCAGAAUAGCGAGUACAGAAGCACCGAUGGGGAGACACCAGCCUCAAUCCGGGAAAAUAACACUGUGGAUUACAAUGAGGAUAACACCCUGGGAGCGGAAGAUACCGUAGCUGAAAUGUCAGAGGACAGUUCAAGCACGUUAAACGAAGAUGACGAUCUGAGCUACGAGCUGCAGCAGGCGCAUAGGAUAUUUCACGGCUUUCUGCUGGAGAAACACAAGGGAAUCACGGCUCCGUUCAUGCAGCCGCUGUGCAGCGGGGAGGAAACGGGAGACGGAGAUCACACCAAACAGCCCAUGUGGUUUCGCAGGAUCGAGGAGAAGUUCCUGAACAGGGAAUACGAGAGCAUCACCGAGUUUGUAGCAGACUUCAGGCUGAUGUUGGAGAAUUGUUACAGGUACCACGGUGUCGACCACUGGAUCUCCAAACAGGCGCAGAAAUUAGAAAUUAUGCUGGAGCAGAAGCUGACUUUGCUCUCCAGGACUCUCCGAGAGAAGACCACUCUGGCCGUAACCUCGAAGGGUCGUUUUGGCACGGAGGAGGAGAAAGGGCCCGGCGUUACCUCAACGCGACGCCGCUCCACUCCCCGUAACCUUACGUCCGUCGCCGUGGGGGCCAACGAGUCUCUCAUGGUGCAGGCGCUGAGACUGGAGGAGCAGCAGAGAGCCAAGGAAGAGAAGAGGCUGAGGGAGCAGGAAAAAAAAGAGGUGGAGGAGGCCAGCGCCAAAGAGCUGGAUACCUGGGAGCGGAGCCUGCUGGCCAAGGCCGCCCCGUGGCCUGUGGAGACGCUGUGGGAGCUGCCCGCCGUCGGCCACUUCCUGUGUCUGGCACAGACUGUGCUCAACCUCCCCGAGAUCGUCUUCUUCGAGCUGGAGCGCUGCCUGCUCAUGCCGCGGUGCAGCGCCUUCCUGGCCAAGGUCAUGACGUCGCUGCUGUGUCACCCGCAGAGGCGAGCCACUCUGCACCGGCGACCUCCCUUUACCUACCGCCGCUGGGAGGCGGCCGUCCGGCACAAGGUCUCCGGCUGGUACCAGCUCAUGGGGCAGUCGGAGGACUCGGCGGCUUGUGCCCAGCAGUUUGGCCUCUCCCCGCUGUUUUUCCAGACGCUAGGAGAGACCAGCCCGCUGGAGGAGAAGCCCUUCCACCAGUUGCCAUUCAACCAGCGCGUGUGGCUGCUUAAGGGCUUGUGUGACUUCGUGUAUGAAAACCAGAAGGAGGUGCAGGACGCGGUGCUUAGCCAGCCCAUCCACGAAUGCCGGGAGUCCAUCCUUGGUUACGACGGGCGAGAGAACGCCUAUAUUCAUUUCCCACAUUUCUGUGGGGCGGAUCUGCGCAUCUAUUGCCAAAGUCCAAGCACCCCUCCUAAGUUUCCCCCUCCAGCCAUUCGGGUUAGAAGAGUGGAAAAGGUGAAAAAGGUGGAAGCCACCAUGCAUCCUGAGGGACCGACGGUGCCGGAAGAAAAUGAGAAGAAAGACGUGAAGAAUGAACCUGCCUGUUUCAACUCAGAAAUGAAAGAAAAGGACAAUAUGCCUGCAGUGAAUUCAUGGGGUCUGACGGAUCACCAGUCACAGUAUAGACUGGACCUUCAGAUUAAAGCAGAAUCUGCUGAGAAGGGACACACUGACAUACUCUCUCCAUGUAGAGGACAUUUUGACUCUUGCGAUAUUAAGGGUAUUAAAGUCCAGUCCAUAGACGUAGGAUGUAAACCCACGAUGAAGGAGGAGCGUUUGUCGUUAAUUGCGCCAAUGUCCUGUGAACCAGGCGUGCCGGUGAUGGAUGCAGAACAGGUACCACAGACACAGUUAUCUGCACAUCCAGGGGAGAUCCCGCUUAACCCGGGCAUGGACCGCGUGGAAGGAAACAAGUUUCCAACCGAUAUCCAGGACCAGUGUAGGGCAUGUGGCACCGACGAAGACCCACAUCUGGAAUACCGCCGAGGUUGCUCGAUAAUCCCGCUGCACAAAACGGCUCCUUCUGAGUCUCCCCGUCCGGAAGGAUGUGCCGAGGGGAAAUCUAGCCGGACGCGAACGAAGAAAAAAAAAAGGAAGAAAAAGAAAAUGAAGGAACUGGGUGCAACCGAGGGACGGGGCAAGUCUGCUGGUAGCCGACUCAAUCUGGCCAAGGCGACCAAGAAGGGGAUCCAGAAAACCGCAGCGGCUCAGAAGAAGAAGGGAAAGCGGAAGAAGCUCAGGGCAGAAAAAAAGUUUGAGUCCAAAAAGUUGACGGCAAAGAAGAGAAAAACCGGUCCCAAGCUACCAGCUGAGCCAAAAUUUCAGCUCGUGUGCUCCAGUGUGGAGGAACUCAGAGAGCUGAUCAGCAAAAUUGAAGAUGAACUGGAAGAGCUUGAAAGCACCAGAAAGAAAUCUGGAAAGUGGUACUCGAGGAGACAGGCGGUGAAGGAGCUGCUCAUCACUCUCAUCAGGCUCCUGAAGGAGCUGUCGCCCUGGGAGAGCAAGAUUAUUAAGGCCUUUCAGAGGAACAGGGCACGGUUAAAAAAGGACUACGAGGAUUUCAAAAAGCAUCCCGAGUACGACAGCUUCGUCAGGGAGGAAUGGAUCGAGGAUGACAGAGAUGGGGCUGUGGCAAAAGACGGUCACUCCUCGGAUAACCCAAAAACGACCGAGAGAGCUGAGAAAUUGGAUGCAGUGAAGACAGAAGACACUAAGCAGCAAGCCGUGGAAUCAUCCCGGAGGAGUCGCACUCCUAGGCAAGAAACCAUAGGCCUGGAUGAGCACAGAACCCCGUUUAGAACCACUAAACGGGCACCGAGUGGCAACACCGAUGAAGAGUUGGCUUUGAGAAAAAAACUCAGAAUUACUGGUGAGGAACAAGCCAGUACUACAGUGCCAGCUGAAGUCAAGGAAUCAAACCCAGCAGCAGAGUCCUUGGUCGUAGAAACCAGCAAGGUUACAGCACCUGUGGCUGUUUUUCUGAAGGGCUCCAAGCCCAUCCAGGCCUUGUUAGCUAAGAGUAUCGGGAACAAGGUGACCUUAAUCAGUCAGCCUGCUGCAGCUGCCAUGGUUCCCAAAUCAGAGAUUCCCCAGAAAACGUCAAAACCCUUGGCAAGCCCUGGGAAACCACUGCAAUCCUCAUUCAUACCAAAGAGUCCAGUGCAGGGUCCAGUACAGGGCAUCUACAAGAUAUCGGAGGGCAUGGACCUACUCGGCAAAAGCACCACCCCAGAGAAGAUUGCAUUACAGCCACUGCUGGACCAGAAAAUUGGGAAGAAGGCCAUGCAACAGGUGGUCAUCUUACCUACGAUGAAAGAGCCUCUGCAUCACAAUAUAACGACAGUUUCUGUCUCAAAACCAUCUGCUACACUGCCUGAUGCCCCUGGCGUAGCUACAGUGAAUAGUACAAACAAGGUCCCCAUACAGCAAGUUUCCCCAUUGCCUGAUGCCUGCAACAGGAAGCCACUAACUUCUGCCGUUAUUUCUAGUUUACCAACAUCUCCAAAGACCUAUUAUGCUGGUAAUUCUGUUUCCCAAGCAGGACCUGCCCCUAGUGACAUCCAAAAUAGACUCACUCUGACGAGUCCCAGCAAAUCUGACUCCAAACAAGAACUGAAGACUGUAUGCAUCAGGGAUUCGCAAUCGAUUCUUGUCACCACUAGAGGAGGCAACACAGGGGUAGUGAAGGUUCAAACCUCUGACCAGUCUGUUUCUAGCUUCUUAGCCUCCAGCCCUAUCAUCACUAUCUCCCCACACCUCCAAGCCUUCCUUGUUUCCAAAUCCUCUCCAUCAGUAGCUUCUUCUACAGUAGUUUCCAGUGCAACAGAAACUACCACAUCAUCUGCCCCUUCUUUAUUUAGCAAUUCUCUGACAAAUUGUGUAUCUCACCACCCAUCUGCUGUUUCCAUUCCAGUCAGUGCAGGUCAGAGAGUAGGCAACAUUGUCAACUUUGCCUUAAACCAGACCCAGGACACUAUUUCUGCACCAUUAACUGCAUCCAAAUGUAAUAUAACUACACAAACUUUGACUCCUAAAAAUUCUACAUUGCCUAUGGUUCCUCAGACCAACCUUAGUUUGCCGACAUCCUCAGCUAAAAGUGACAUAGCAGUAACUCAGACUUCCUCAACACUCUUUGCUACUCAGCCUCUGACUACAAGGGCUCAACAAGCAGAAGGACUAGCUGAACGGCCUUCCAUGCAAAGGGUCAUCCUUGUUGCUCCAUCAUCAACCAUUGCUACUUCUGCAGUAACAGCAAAAGUACCAUCAACUUCCUCUACCGUUCCAGCACCUCGACUCAUCUUUAUUAGUCAGGCAUCUUCCUCUGUGGAACAGCCUCUAGUUAGCAUUCCAAAAAAAACAACGUCUAGCGACUCCAUGGCAAUAUCCCUCACUUCAGCAUCUCAAAUCGCAGACAUGAAGAUUGGGCUCAACCUUAGUCAAGCCAUUGUCAACACAACCAGCUCCUUGCAGAAAGUUCCAACUGGUGGGCUUUCAGAUUUGUCCAACAAGCUACCAGCUGAGGCCUUCAGCGUUGGCCUCCCUGUAGCGGGAUCAGAUUCAAAAUGCACACCUGUAACCACAUCCAAAGUAAGUGUGGUGGAAACUACAUCAGAUGGGAAAGCUGUCACAUUCCCUGCUUUGAAAGCAGGGAAUUUAGUCUCCUCUACACUUCCAGUGCUUUCCCUGCAGCACAGUUCUCUUUCAUCCAGAGCCUCUUUGAUUCCUAGUGUGGGCAAAACAGCAACAGCCCAAUCAGAGGGCAGCUCUUUAAAGAGUGUUGUGGCCUCUUCUGUGAAGAGUUUAAUCAACAAAGACUCUGCUUUGAUACCUAAAGCCCCCACAGGGACUACGAUACCAGGCCUCGUCUUUAAUAAACCCCCAUUUCAGGCAUCAGCAAUGUCAAAACCCGUCCCCUUCAAAAUUUCUCCUGUGAUACUCCCUCCUGUCUUACAGUCUCAAGACUGCACUAGCCCAAGUAAGUCAUUUAGCACUACUCCUAGUGCCCCCCAGGCAGCACAACAUGCCAUAGUCCCGCCCCCAUAUGAAUCCAACACCAUGCAACAGAAGAUUCUGAUUAACACUGCAACCCCUCUGUCACCUGGGAGUCAUAUCGUUAUCAACAACACCCGGUUCAUUGUCCCUGCUCAAGGACUUGGGCCAGGGAGUCAUAUGCUCCUCAUAUCCAGCCCAGUUGUGCCCUUGUCAUCUCCUCAAGGACCAAACCCUUCAUCCACUUCCCAGAGGGGUCCUGCAACAUCUGUUGCAGCAGCUCCUGUACUGUCUGCUGGACAGAACCCAAGAAAAUUCACACCAAGCACACAGCCCCUGCACGGACCUUAUAUAACACCAUCACCCUCCGGUGUUAAACUGGCUUCCUCUUAUACAUGUUCUACUCCUCAGAUGACUGUUGUUGGGAACACAACUAAAUCCCCACUGCCUACUGGCAACACCACAUCAGUUGCGCAGGUUCCACAGCUAUUUGCAGUUGCAUCCACACUGUGCCAAGCUCUGCCUAAUUCCCAGACUGCUCCUUCGGCCCCCUCUGCCGAAGCGAAAGGCUCGUUGGCUGCUUUGUGUCAAGCAGCAAGUAACCAAACGAAAGAAACUCCUCCACUGGCUUCCCAGAAGCCAGGACGUCCACCGGGUGCCACAAAAGCAGCACCUUGGCAAAUAGGACUUGCAAAUGUUGUAGCCAGCGCUACGCUCACGCCGGCUGUACCGGCAUUGGGUGCCAUCAUCUCCAGGACACAGGUGUUACCUACAGCAGCCGUUCCUCCUAUUGGCAGUACAAUAUCCAGGAUACAGUCUCUGCCUGUCGCGACAGUGUUACCUAUAGGGAGUGACUUCAAUAGGAGACAGGCGUCCCCAAUAGCCACCGUACCGCCGUCUAAUAGCACCGUCAUAAUAGCAACAGGUCAGUCGGUCAGGACGCCAACAUCUGAAUCUUCCAGCAUGACUCCAGGUCAAACCAUUCUCUCCCAGACUCUAAACAGACCUUCAUCACAGGUCUCCGCUCCAGCCGCUGUGACUAGUGCUUCCAUCGAUAAACUCAUGGUUAGUCCAGAUGGCGCUGUAUUAAACGCCAUCAGAAGCCCCGCCGUUUCCAGUCUGCCAUCAGCAUCGAAGACUUUGGCCACUGUGGUUGUCACACAUAGCUCUAGUACAGGCAGGGUGCUUCCUUCCUUGAAGACUGAUGACCCUUUGACCUCUGCACAUGCAGAAAAAGCAAGUUCCAGUGAUUGAGGUGUAAAAUGCAAGGGUGAUACAAAAAGAUUCAACUUGCUUAUUGUCUAAAACCAAUUUCUGGUGUGAAAACAAUUAUUGGUAGUCUUCUCUGGAGGACAAUAAACUAUCAAUGACAUGUUUUGUAACCCUGCAUAUAGUAAAGAGAAAAUACUAUAUGUCAUAAAAGAAAUUCUCAGUCUUCAGUUAUAUUCAAUAAGUAAGAUUUGCUUAUGGAUUUUCUUACACAAAACAAUGCUGAAAUCCUUGUAGGGUCUGAUUUUACCGUAAUGUCCAUGGUUUACAUAGAGAAAACAUUUAAUGGCCAGUCUACCUAUCUCUAUGUAAUUCAAGUCUGCAGGAUUUUCUUUUCUGUUAAGGUUGUAUGUGUGACAGUAGCAAAUGAAUGUUAUUCUAGCAUUUAUAUUUAACCAUUCAGUAUGAUUUCAUUUGUGAAUAAUCUGCCGCGUAUUUUAGGCUAGUUGUCUUAGGAUUUGUUUUCCCACCUUGUAAGGCAGAAAUUCACAUUUAACAUUUGUCAGAUGUUGCAACCUUAGUGUGUCUGUUAGAUUGCUUGUAAACUUUUCAUUUGACCAGUUUUAAAUUAUUUAUAUACCCUCUGGGAAUAAAUAGUGACCUUUUACAUUUUAGAUAUUCAUCUGAAUGAUUGUGCACUUGUAUACUGUUUCAAGUCACUUAUUGUAUAAUAUUUGGAAAAUAUUUAUUUCCCGUUGUAUACCAUAUAGGUUUUUUCAAAGUAUUUUAGUAGGUAUUUUGGACCAUUUGCAUUGGGUAAGUUAUGGCAGAAAUAUCUGCAUGGAAAUAAAAGUGCUUUGUACACCA